UGUAAGGUCUGUAACUAUAACUAUUUUGCAUUUUUAUUUAUUAAUAAUAGCAAAUAUAUGGAAAGAAUAAUGACAGUUAUGGAAGAAUGGAUGUAUUCGGGCCCAUUAAAGUUUAGAUUUUAUCCAAACAUCUCCUAUGGCAUUACGACAGCUUUUUCAUAUUUCUACACAAAAAAAGAUCAUAUAUGAAAGAUUCUAAACAGAAAAAUGAUGCAGCUGUGCCGUCAUUUAUCAAUGUCCUCGAGUCGCUCGUAGGCUCCAAUAUUCGCACUUAUUUGGGAGAAUUGUAAUAUUAUAAUAUUCACGCAUUUGAAUAUGUUUCUUCAAAUAUAUUACUGUACUUCUUUGUUCAAGGUCAAAACAAUCAUUACCUGAAAAUAACGUUCAAAGAGUCGAUUAUGUUCUUCAAUUAUAUAAAAAGAUGCUUGAUUUUCUUUUAUCUCAUGGAGCUUAUCUAAUUCAUAUUUCGCCGCAACUUCUUCUCAAUUAUGACGACUAUUUAAUUAGCAUUGAUAUAACACAAAACAAUGUGAGUUACAAGUUAUGAGCUACGAGUCAUGAGAGAGUUUUAUUUAACACACAAACAAAAUUUAAUAAGAUUUCUAUUAAAGGUCAAUAGAUGGAAAAAAUGUUUAUUUAGACUAUAAAUGAUUUAUUUUUUUCACGGCUAAUUAUUACAGGCACGAAGAAAGAAUCUCGGUGCGAAUUAUGACCAAGACGAACGGCUACCGCGAUACUUAUUCGAAUCGCGAAGUAAACAAUGUUGGCUAGAUGUGAUUUUGCAAACGUACAAAUGUUUUGUACUCCGUGGAAUACACAAACGUAAAUUCUGGAACGGGUUCUCUGCAACGGGUCCCUCGAAGAGGUCUACGGUGUAUCGGGAAUCGAUAAUAUCAUCUACAUCGAGGUUCGUUAUACCGCGAUACGUAAUUCCGCAAUCGCGUUUCUAAUCUGGUACACCUUUCCCAGCUCGCCGAGACAAUACGAGCUACACGAGAGUGCUAUUCGGAAUAUCGCAAAUUUGCCAAACCGUGAACUCACGACCUCCGACGAGUAUUGCUCGGAAGAAAAGUUUCUCCUGGCUUGGCUGCAAUAUCAUUACGAGCAACAACGAGCGCGAGAUUGGAUGACCGAUCGCCGUGUAAUCUUGAAUCCACGAAGGAAGCGGGAUGUGGCCGAACGUCGCACAAUCCAGAAUUUUCAUCGCGACUUGUCGGAUGGUCUUGUAUUAAUCGCGGUUACCGUGGCCUACUGUCCCUUUCUUAUUGACGAGCAUUUUAGUAAUUUGUACAUCUGCCCGAAAAACAAAAAGAGAUGCUGCAUAACGCUAUUUGUCUAGUCACCGCUUGGAGAAAAAUACGACUUUGCUUUAUGAUUACGCCUAUGCAACUAGUUAAUUCGAAUCAAGUGCAAAUGUUAAUACUGGUCGUCCAUCUUUACCAAAUUUUACCAACGUACGUACCCUAUACCAAGAUCAAAUUUAAUUGUUCGUUGUCUCAAACCGUAACGAAGCAAAUAAGCGUUUCGAACCCGACAGAUAACCCAGUAAAUUAUUUAUUGCUACUCCUAAGCAAUGUUAAUCAUUCUUUUUCUAUCCUGAAGCCGGUGUCAAUUUUACAUUUAAAUGCCCAUAGCAACAGCCAAGUGCAAAUACAAUUUCAUGCCAAGAAAAUACGAAACAGUAGAGCGUACUUGAUCCUUUGCGGUUGGGCUAUUGGACCACAUUUUGGAAGAAAUCAGAUCAUCGUCUUAGAGAGUUACAUCGAUAAUCUAGGAAUUGCGAGCGAAUAUACUAUACGUAGCAAAUUGUAUGAGGUUGUCGAGAAAAAUUUGAGAAUCAGCGUACCUUACAAAAAUGCGGCAGAAUAUGAGAUAUGGAUGACAGAGGAACGGCCAAGCCAUCCUUCAUCUCUAAAAAUGACACAAUGGAGUGAAUUGCUCACUAGGAAAAUACCGAGAAGACUUUUUCUGAAUCAGAAAUCAAUAUUUGUUGCUGAAGGAGCAUUAGAAGCGUAUUUAUCUAUCAGCGUGGCAUGUAUUGCUGCUAAACAACGAACAUUUUGGUUGAUUUUUCAAGCGCAAACGGGCGACUUUAUUAUUCAAAUAAAUUCAAUUUGGCAACCAUUAAUCAACGAUCACAUCGUUGUUAAAUGGACAACUCAAAGAGAAUGCCCUUGUUCAGAUUGGCAAAGUGUAAGCAUAAGAGACACUUGCCCGUUUAAUAUUGAUAUACCAUCGUGUAACAUUCAACUUCGAAAAUGUGUUGCUGAAAUGUUUCAAAAAAGUCUUGAUAAGCGGGAACGUUUGUUUUGGUCCAAAUAUUCAAAUACUUGUAUCGAAUUACGUUUAAUAAAGUGGUUUAUAGAAAACGAUACUGACUCUGCUUUGGAAUUUACUCACGUUUUUAAUACUGCAGUCACAUAUAAAAUUACGAUUUCGGACAAAUUAAGUCCUCUUGUUCUACCAGAAUAUUUUACAAUACAAGAUGUGAGAUCAUUCACCCAGCAAGUUCCAAUGAUCAUACAUAUUCUACCAACAACUCCUCCAUUAUAUAAAGCAACAAUCACGUUAACAUCCUUGGAUGAUAAAGAACUUCGAACAUAUGUUAUUAACUGCUUACGAUCAUAAAGGCAAGUUAUCAUUAUUAUAUAAUUAUGCAGGUACAUGAAAAUAAAUUAUUUAACUGUAAACAUAAUUUAUUUUCGGUAUAGGAAGUUUAGAAACAUAAUAAAGAGGGAAUAAAAUAAUGUGAAAUAGU